AAUGAAAGAUUAAAUUAUAUGGGCUGUAUAUGAAGAUAAAUAAAAAACAUCUCCUUUGCCUGCCCUAGGCUCAAAUCAUCUUUUAAAACCUCCUGAAGCAAACAGAUAAAAUGGAGCCAGUCCUAUAAGAGUAGAAUCUAAACGAAUGACUAGCACUUCAAUUCAAGGAUCCUUAUCAUCAAUGAUCAUUAAAUAUGUCCCAUCUUAAGUUGAAAAUGCAAGUAUCAAUGAAGAUAAAAGAUCAAAAAGCAAAAAAAGUAGAAAAAGCAAAAAAAGUGCUAAAUCAUCAAAAAGAUAAUCCUUAUGUUUUCCAACUGGAAUUUAAAUCAUUGAACCUAAAGAUUAAUUUAGAGUAAAAUUAAUCAACCUUAUUAUUCUCAGCGCUCUAAAACCAUUGAUACUACUUGGGGGUUUCAUCAAUAUAUGGAUGAAUUUAGUGAUGAUGGAGAUUCUUAAAAAUUGUCAACCAAGUACCAACUAUUACAAGGCAAUCCUAUACAUUUUAAAAAUAUACAAAAAAAUACUUCUAGAUCAUGAAAUUAUAUUAAAUUAUCC